AUGAGCCAUGAGUUAGACCAGCCAUUGACGCCGGCCGGCCGGUUGUUUCUCCAGCCGGAGACCAACAUAGUCGUUAUUAGCAGCUUGGGAACCAAAGAACCGCUCCGAAUCGAGGCCAUAAAAUCCGUUAUUGCCGAUUCAAUGUUGGCUAAACACCCGCGGUUAUCCAGUCUCUUGGUCGUUGACAAGAACGGCCAUGAGUACUGGCGGAAAACCGAGAUCGACAUGGACCGUCACGUCAUCAUCCGUCACGACGCCAUUGAGGGUGCAAAGGAUGACGAGGAUGCAGCCAAUAUCUACAUGGCUGAUCUUGCUGUGUCGGUGCCACUCGAGACCGACAAGCCAUUGUGGGAACUCCAUCUGUUGACUUCCCACAAAUGUGCGGUGAUUCGUGUUCAUCAUGCACUCGGGGACGGGGUCUCGUUUUUGUCGUUUCUUUUGGCGAUGUGUCGGCAAGCCGCCGAUCCCACGAAGAUGUCGGUGGUGGCUCCGCCUAGAGGCGACCGUGGGAAGGAGACCAUUGGAGGGAUGGUGGGGAGGUGGUUGAAGGUGGUGUGGUUCACGAUGGUGUUUGUGGUUGAUUUCAUAGCUAGAGUUGUGUGGGUUUGCGAUGAGACGACGGUGGUGAGUGGCGGAGCUGGGGUGGAGCUUUGGCCCAGGAAAUUGGUGACUGCAAGAUUUUUGAUCGACGACAUGAAAAUGGUCAAGAAAUCCAUUCCUAAAACUACAAUAAAUGAUGUCUUGUUCGGUGUCAUUUCAUUUGGGCUGUCAAAGUACUUAGACGCUCGUUCGUCAAAAUCUUUACAUGAUGGGUUGCGGCUUACAGGAUUAGCCAUGGUCAAUCUACGACCUCAACCAGGAUAUCAGGAUCUGGUUAAAUUGAUGAAAAAUAAAUCGACGGGAUGGGGAAAUAAAUUUGGUAUGUUGCUACUACCCACAUACUGCUAUCGAAGCGGGUCGGAUCCAUUGGAGUAUUUGAGGAGAGCAAAGACCAUGAUUGACCAGAAAAAGUCGUCGUUAGAGAGCUUUUUUUCCUAUAAAUUUGGCUAUCUCAUCAUGUCCAUCUUGGGUGCAAAGUAUGCAAGCCUGUUAAAUUACAAAAUUAUGUGUAACACGACGUUUACAAUCUCGAAUAUGGUUGGCCCAACAGAAAAAAUCACGUUUGCAGGCCAUCCAGUGGACUAUAUCAAAACAACUUCAACAAGUUUACCACAUGCGAUUACAAUGCACAUGAUAAGCUAUGCCGGAACAGGUUACAUGCAAAUUCUGGUUGCCAAAGACAUUGUACCUGACCCUGAUGUUCUAGCCAAAUGCUUGGAAGAUGCAUUGCUUGAAAUGAAAGAAGCUGCGGUGGCCGCGAUUAAGUCAAGGUAAGAAAAACGGAGUAAUGUAAGAGAAAUAACUCAAAUAAAUGUACAAAUUUGUUGGUUCACUUGAUAUGAAGAAGUGCUGCUACGAUUGUAGAAUUUGUGUCGAGUUGUGGGUUAACUGGAUUCUAAAAUCGUUUGAUUUAUGU